AUGUUCAGGUACGCUCUAGGGUUCGUAUUGGCCGCGGCAACCGUGUCAGCUGCAACGCUUAAGAAUCCCGCCGGAGAAGGUCACAUCGCUGGAGGCGCUAUAGCGGCACCAAAUCAAUUCCCGUACCACGGUGCCCUUCAAACCCAUGAAGGACUCACCUUCUGCGGAGCGGCGAUCGUGAACCUGCGAUGGGUCAUUACGGCGGCGUCUUGUGCCCAGGGAAAGACCACUUCGGACGUUGUGGUGGUCGUCGGAACUAACCGACUUGACCUGUGGGGAGUGCCACGAUACCAAGUGGAUCGCAUUGUGGUCCACCCAAACUAUGACGUUAACGUGGACGCCAACGAUGUGGCCGUUCUUCGCGUCAGGCGUCCGUUCAUCUUCAGCGAGUCGGUGCAGCCGAUUACAUUGGGUUGUGAAAAUGUGGAGGCUGGAACCAACGCCGUUGCUACGGGCUUUGGACGAACGUCGAUCUCUGACAGCACUUCAGCUUCGUACCUGCGGUACAUCAACGUGGAAGCGAUCACCAACGAGGAGUGUCGGGAGGUCUUCAACGACUACCAUCAGGAACGAUUGCACGACACUACGGUGUGCACUCGCAGCGCGGGAGGUUCCGGAAUCUGCUUGGGUGAUGCCGGUGGUCCUCUGGUCACCAACGAUACACUUGUCGGUGUAAUCUCAUGGGGAAUCCCUUGCGGCAUGGGAUUGCCCGAUGUGUACGCCCGGGUUUCCGCACACAGAGCCUGGGUGUUGGUGCAUACCAUGAUUUGA